CACUAACCUUGAGUGUUACUAUAGACGACUUCUCAAAUAUGUAAGCAGAUGGGAAAAAAAUCUGCAAAAGACAAAUCUCCAAAAGUUGGAGAUCCCCAUAUUAUUUCAGAUCCAAAGGAUUAUGUUGUGACUGGUAUUUUGGAAAAUGAUUUUCCGGGAUUAUGUAGACAAAUUGGUGUUACUCAUUGUCCAAUUGUAUCCACAAAACACUCCCAAGCCAUAAGUACACAGACGAUACCUUCUUUACCAUCGUCGAAACGCUCAAAAGAAGACAAGAAAAGUCCUCAGUCUCAAAAUUCAUCAGUUACUAAAUAUUCUGACGAAAUACAAUUACUAUUAGGAUUUAGUCCAACAACAUUCAAAUUAUGUAAAACAUUGGAAUAUUUGAAACCAAAAAUAAUUGUUCAGCAGGAAAAUCCUGAUAAACCGGAAACAGUUAAUGAAGUUUCUAUAAAAGGUUGGAAAAUAAGUAAUAGUCAACUGGACGUAUUAAUCAAAUGUUUUUCUGUUGCAAACAAGCUUUCCAAACUUGUAUUUUGGAGGGUCGGAUUCACAGCUGAACAAAUAACUCAAUUAGCUUCAUUCUUAUCUACAAAUAAUACUAUAAAGUCAUUAACAAUAGAUGCUAAUGAAGCAUUAGAAAUUGGUUCAUAUGCUCAAUUAAUUGAUGAAUCCAAUAAUUUAACAAAAUUACGAUUAAGAUAUUGUGAAAUUGGACCGAUGGAAGCGAAAUUAAUUAGUCAACGAUUAGGUACAAUACAAUCUGUGAAUAAAAAAUUAAUAAGUCUUGAUCUAUCGGGUAAUCAGCUAAGAGAUGAAGGUACCAUUUAUUUGGCUCAGGCACUAAGAACAAAUCGUACAUUACUUACAUUAUCAGUUAGCAACAAUAAAAUUACAGACGUUGGUUGUAUAGCACUAGCAAAAGUUAUAUCUCAAUUUUUCUUAACUCAUGAAGAAAUUGUUUACAGGCGAUUAUGUCAUUCAGAGAAAAGCAAAUCUGAAUCUAUUCCACCAAUUUCUAGUCCACCAGGACAUCGUAAAUCUAAAACAUCCCCCGGUGUACGUGACACAUCGAAAGAAUCUACACAAGGUAUAAGUGGUGCAAAGAAACGCGACAAAUCUGUUCGUGGUCGUAAUGCUAAGGAUAUUGAUAAUAGUAAGGACGAUAAAAGUGGCGGGAAAGGAAAGAAAAGUGAUAAUAGUAAUUCACCUAAAAAAGAUGAAUUGAGUAUAGAAGAAAGUGAAACAGAGGAUGAAGUACAAGAGGAAAGUGGUAUUGUGUCAUUAGGCGUAAUAACUAACCAAGAACAAAGUAGAUCUAGCGGAAAAAGCAAAGCAGGAAGAAAUACACGAAGUGCUAAACAAACAUCAGAUACAGAAAGACUCGAGUCCAGUCCCGAAACCAAUGAAUUAAUAAAUCCAAUUCUGGAUAAAGCUAUUUACGUUGAACCAUAUGGAUUAUUAAUUGUGGGCAAUUUUAUGCUAGCGUUCUUGAAUUUAUCACGCAAUUCAAUUGGUAUGAACGGUUUGAAGGCCUUAUUAGAGGCAAUUACAUAUCAAGUGAAUUUAUUAAAUGUUGAAAAUGCAACAACAAACUUGGGCACAGGAAUUUUAACUUUGUUAUUUGAUAAUAAUACAUUCAAUCAAGAUUGUGAAAUAGUAACUUCAAUUAAUGAACUUCUAUCAUCACGUGAUCCUACAACAAGAAGUAUAAAUAAUGAUAAAAAUUUGGAUUCAGAAUUAUCGAAUUCAAAUGUAAAAUCAUAAUUAGAUCAAAUUAUGUUGUUGGUAUAUAUACUUUAUAAAAUACACACUUAUAUAGUUUGUAUUUUCCUUUUUUCUUUUUUGAAUGAAGGAUUGAUUAGUUGUAAUUGUGUAAAGUAUUUGUUUAGAUUUGAUUAAUUGUAUGAAUAAAUCUUUUUUAUGCUAUCAUUAAUUAUCUUGCAUAGAAACUAUUAAGAAGGAUUUCAUGACAAAUAGAUAUUACGUAUUUUUGUAUGAUAGGCUGGGAGUUACUAUAUUUUAUGAACAAUCUUAAGCGACGUUAUAGCCAAUCGAAAUGUAGAUGAUAUAAGUAAAUAAUCUUUUUAAAUAAAACCUGAUAAUUUAUAAUGUGCAUAUACUUUCUCUUUCAUUAAUAAACUUAUCAGAGUUCAUAAAGGAUUAAUAAGUUUUAAAAUGAAGGUGAAUGGUAUACAAAAAUUUCUUUAUGUGACUUCAGUAUAAUUUACCUUCAAAGCCUCAAUAAAGCCAAAAAUAAUUCUUAAAUUAUGACAAAGCUGUUUAAAUAUUCUCAAGUUAGUAACUCAUAAGGACGAUAGUUCGAUUAUUAUCAUCUAUACGCUCUUCAAGCUUUUUAUGAACUAAAUAUAGGUAAUUUUAACUUAACUCU